AUGCGUUUCGCCGAAGUCGCAACCCGUGCUCUGAUGGCAACUGCUCUGGACGUCCUCGACAGCGAACGUCAAGAACCUCGCCCAACCCCGCUGGCUGCUUGUCCGUCAGUCCAGCUGCCGCUCCAACGAAGAAUCCUGCGGCUCGAGGUGUAUGGUCGCAGGCCAGCGUGUGCUGCGCUGCCGGCUGCUGCCCGGAUGGAGAGAACCUGCCGCGGUGCCGGCGGAAGCAGCUGCGCUCCUGGCUACGAGACUUGUGGCCUUAGGUGCAUGCCCGAGGGCGCCGUCUGCUGCCCGUUGGGCGGCUACUGCAACGCGGGCUACACCUGCACGAGCGACAACAAGUGCUCCCCGUCCUCGGGCGGCGGAAGCAGCGGCGGGGGCGGAGAUAGUGGUGGAGGCGGCGGCAGCGGCAGCGACACCUGCGGCGCCGGCAGAAUGGAAUGCGACUCGGACUACUGCAUCCCCAGCGACGGCACCUGCUGCAGCAUCGGCCUGGGCAAGUACUGCAGGGACGGCUACUACUGCGUCCCCGGCGGCUGCUGCCGCAACGGACGCACCUGCUCGGGCGGUAGCUCAGGCGGCGACGACGACGACGACGACGACGACGCCAGCACCACGAGCCGAACGCUCAUCCGGCCAAGCUCGUCGUCGACCCCGGAGCCCACCUCGACCGACUCGGAGGAGACCUUCCCCACCCCGACCGACGACGGCAGCGACGACGGCACGUCGUCCGGCUUUGGCGGCAGUGAUGAUGGUAGCACCGGCGGCGGUGACGGUUCGAAUGAUGAGCCCUCGGAGUCGGUGGGUGGUGGUGGCUUCUCCCCUGCGCCGACCGGGUUCGGGGGAUAUUUCUUUCCAAACAAAUCGAGUAAGAGGCAAGGCCCGUCCGAACUGCGGGAGUUCUUGCAGAUCCUGAACCUGUUGCUCGUGUUGGAACCGAGAAUACCACCACACCCUGGGAUGAGCACUAAUACUAAGGGCUUGCCGGAUGACAUGGAAGGGGCGGUUCCGUACUUCUUAUACGCAACCCAAUACAUGUCUGUUUCCGAGGGAGUUCGUUAUGUCGGUUGUCGCGACCACGUUGCCGUUGAUGAUACGCUAUUACUCUCCCAUCGCUUUGGUGGCCGCUUUCUUCAUUUCCUGGAUACUGCACGGAUAUCCGCCUUCAUCGCCGUCAUCCAUCUCGCUCCUAGGAGCAUCGAGGGAGGGGCGCAACGUCUUGUUCUCAGUUUGCGUAGACAAAAUUGA